UGUUUUUUUAUUUUUACUUUUCAAAAUACUUACUUUUUUUUUAAAAAAAAAAGACAAGACAUGAGAUAUUUUAUUUGUGUUUCUUUCAUUAAACCCUACUGUUCUGUUCUGGCAAAGCAAAAGCGGUUAACCCAACAUGGACGAGGAGGAACGUGGCGUAGGAAUUUCUGUCCCGAGGGUUGUCGCCGCCAACCAAACCCCAGAGCAACUCGUCUCCAGGGCCAUAGCCCCCGUCAAGAAGGAAUUCCUCCGGCCCCCUCCGGUUCGGUCUUCCGCUCCAGACAACGACGUUUCCAUUCCCAACGAAAACAAGACCUCUGUUCUGGCCAAGGAGAAGAAGUCUAAGCGCCAACUCAAACGCGAACGUCGUCAGGUUCAAAAGUCGGCAAAAAACCUAUGUCCACAAAUUGCGAAGACGGGGGAUGUUAGUUCGUGUCUGUAUAAAGACAAAUGUCGUUUCAGCCAUGAUUUGGAAGGCUUCAAGGCGCAGAAACCGUCUGAUCUAGAUGGACAAUGCCCGUUCGUUAAAUCUGGAGUUUCUUGCCCUUAUGGCUUAACGUGUAGAUUUUCGAGUACGCAUGAAGGUGGUGUGCCUUCUGGCGUUCGAAAUGGUCCGAAGAAUAGUUCCGAGGUGAAUGGAUUGAGCAAGGAGGUUCAAAAGCUUUUGUGGAAAAAUAAGAUGACCUUCUCGAAGGCAGAUGCCAAACUCAAAAGUCUCGGUCUCCUGGGAUCGUCUAAGUCAAUAAGGAAUGACUUGGAAAAUAAAGAGGGAGUUGACACUGGUUCAAAUAAGUGUGAUCAUUCUGAUGACAGUGGCUCUUGUGUUGUUACGUCUGACUCAGGUUCUAAGUUGGACUGCCCUGCUGAAGUUAUGAAAGAUGGUGAGAAUGACAUAGAUGGAAAAUCUGAAUCUGAUGAACUUUGUCCCCUGAAGCGAAGAAAAACUGAAGAAAAUUGUGGUCCUGAAGAGGCACAAAAUGAAGAGAAUUGUGGUCCUAAGGAGUCAAAAAAUGAAGGUGUUACUGAGAAAAUUGUUGAAAGGAGAUGCACGAAAUCUGAAGCUGAUGCUAUAGUCCCGGAAACUGAUAUAAGCCUGAAGCCUCACUCGCGUGAGAAGAAGCUUAUUGAUUUCAGGGGGAAGUUGUAUCUUGCACCCUUAACUACUGUUGGCAAUCUCCCUUUCCGGAGAGUUUGCAAAGAAUUAGGUGCUGAUGUGACUUGUGGUGAAAUGGCAAUGUGCACAAAUCUUUUGCAGGGUCAAGCAUCAGAAUGGGCAUUGCUAAGACGACAUUCAUCUGAAGAUUUUUUUGGUGUACAAAUCUGUGGGGCAUAUCCAGAUACUGUGGCACGAACAGUUGAACUAAUAGAGCAAGAAUGUACUGUAGAUUUUAUUGACAUAAAUAUGGGUUGCCCUAUUGACAUAGUUGUGAAUAAGGGUGCUGGAUCAGCUCUUUUAACAAAACCAACGCGGAUGAAAAGUAUCGUAGAAGUAGCUUCGGGUACAGUGGAUAAACCAAUAACUAUCAAGGUAAGGACUGCUUAUUUUGAAGGGAAGAAACGCAUUGAUUCUCUGAUAGCAGACAUUGGCUCUUGGGGAGCCAGCGCGGUGACAAUACAUGGUAGGUCACGUCAACAACGCUAUAGCAAGCUUGCUGACUGGGACUAUGUAUACCAGUGUGCCAGGAAAGCCCCUACUACAUUGCCAGUAGUGGGAAAUGGAGAUGUGUUUUCAUUUGUAGACUGGAACAACCACAGAACUGAAUGCCCUGAACUUGCUACGGACAUGAUUGCUCGUGGUGCACUUGUUAAACCUUGGAUAUUUACAGAGAUCAAGGAACAAAGACAUUGGGACAUCAGUUCUGGGGAGCGACUAAAUAUUCUCAAGGAUUUUGUGAAUUUUGGUCUGGAACAUUGGGGUUCUGACACAAAAGGGGUUGAGACAACAAGGCGGUUCUUGUUGGAAUGGCUUAGCUACACUUGCAGGUAUGUACCCGUUGGUCUUUUGGAUGUAGUUCCACAACGGUUAAACUGGCGUCCACCUUCUUACUAUGGGCGUGAUGAGCUUGAGACACUAAUGGCCUCAGACUCUGCUGCUGAUUGGGUAUGCAGUUCCCUUUCAUUUCAAAUUAUUAAUUCCAAGUCUCUCUCUGUUAAUUUCUUUAGGGAAAUUGAGUUCAUGGAGAGGUAUUUUCUAUCAUGUGCUGCUUCAAACAGUAGAACAAGUUUUUUUUUUCUUAUUAAACAUAAGAUGUAGGCGGCAGGGAAAUGUUUCUUGUGAAAGAUGAAGAUUGAGACUAGGAACACUUGCUAAUUAUUUAUUUACAGUCUUACAAUUUAUCUAAUGAUUUCUAAUUAUAUAAUCUUUCAAGUUAUCUUCAAUUGUGAAAGUAGGGGUAAUAAUUAAUUAAUGUUUUGGCUUGUCUAAAGGGUUUAUAGUUGAGGAUGAGAAUGUUGCGUUGGAUGAGUGUGACAUACUAGAUAAGAUUAUGAAUGAUUGCAUUGGAGAUAAGAUGGGGAAGCGUAUCACCUACUGACAAAAAGUGGUAGAAUCUCUCCUUAGGUGAUUUUGGCAUGUAUAGAAACCUUCAAGCCAGGUCAAUAUUUUAUAUACAUUAACUAAUUAACUUAUAGGCUCGGCCGUUGCUCUGUAUCACCUCUGAAAGUUAUAAAGAAAAAAGGGGUUUGACCAGACAUGGAAAAAAAUACCAAUAAGCCAGCAAAUAUGAA